CGCCCCGGUGAGAUUACCAGCGGGAGGGACCUCAGGGAACGGCUACCUACUCCACGGUGCUUGAUAUUAACGCUAUACUCUACGAUUCGAUAGGAGGAGCUGCAGUUUAACGCAAGCUUGUCUAACACUUACUAACUUGAUGCGCGGUGCUGUAGACUCCAAGAUGUGCCGGUGGCCAAUUCUGGUGGGCGCGGUGGUGCUGGUUCUGGCCUCAGCUGCUGCAGGUCUGACUGGGUUCGAGAAGCUGACGGAGCUGGACUACCGCGGUUCCACGUACUACACCAUCAGGAACCUGUCGCUGUGGGAGUGCCAGGGGUGGUGCCGCGAGGAGCCGGAGUGUGCUGCCGCCUCCUUCAGCUUUGUGGUGAAUCCCUUGGCGCCCAUCCAGGAGACGUUAUGCCUGCUGCAGAACGAGACAAUGGCCUCCAACCCCACGGCCAAGCCCAAGCGAGCCGUGUCCCUCUACUACAUGGUGAAGCUGCACAUUGACAGUGAUAAGGUGUGCAACCGCCCGUGGACCUUCGAGCGAGUGCCCAACAAGGAGCUGAAGAAACACAACGACGCCCAGAUCUUUGUGUCUUCCAAGGAGUACUGCAUGGCGGCGUGUUUGAACGAGCGCCGCUUUGUGUGUCGGAGUGCAGAGUACGACUACGUCACCCUGCAGUGCCAGCUGAGUCAAUACGACCGUCGCUCUGCGGUUGAGGGGCUGGAGAUGGUGGACAGAGAGGGAGUGGACUACUUCGAGAAUCUGUGCCUCUCAGCCUCAGACUCCUGCCAUGAAGACGAGAGAGAGUUCGAGCAGCCGCAGUACCUCGGGGUCCCUCUCAGCAUGAUCUCCCACUAUGUUGAUAUCCAUUACUACGUCGACAAGGAGCUGAUGGCUAACAGUGACAAGGCGUGCGAGAGGGCGUGUAUCAUCGAGAAGGAGAUCCUAUGCCGCUCGUUCCUGUACAAGGGUCCGCCCACGGGGUCCUCCUACAACUGCCAACUCUUCCACCUUGACCACUACACGCUUCCUGACGGGCCGUCCACCUUCCUCUCCACCGACAGACCACUUAUGGAUGACGGGCAGAGAACAGGAACGUACUACGAGAAUGUGUGUCGCAAGCCCAGGCAGGUCACACUUCCUGGAGGAGACGGCAGCACAGGAAUCAGCGGUGGUCUUAUUGGUGGGGGCAGUGGCGGCAGCAUCGGUGGUGGAGUGAUCGGUGGUGGCGGCAGCGGUGGAGUUAUUGGUGGUGGAGGCAGCGGUGGACUUAUCGGUGGCGGUGGAGGCGGUCUGAUCGGCGGUGGAGUGGUGGGAGGCGGCAGCACCAUCUAUACCCCAAAACCCAGUACUUUCGGCAGCUCCUCCUCCUCGUUCUCUUCCUCGCACUCCACCCCCGGCCAGGGUUAUACGCAGUCCCCCAACGUGAACUGUGACCCCACUGGUGUUUGUUACGACGUGUCGGUGCAUUGCAAGGACACCAGGAUCGUGGUGGACGUGGGCACUAACGAGCCCUUCAAUGGCCGCAUCUACGCCCUAGGCCGCUCUGAGACUUGCAACAUCCAGGUCAUCAACUCAGACAAGUUCCGCCUCGACCUGUCUUUGAAUGGGCAGGACUGCAACACUCAGAGCGCGAACGGCGUGUACACCAACACAGUGGUCAUCCAGCAUCACUCCAUCGUCAUGACCAAGACUGACAAGAUAUACAAGAUCCGUUGCACCUAUGACAUGACCUCCAAGAACAUCACCUUCGGCAUGCUCCCCAUCAGCUCAAGCGAACACGACCCCUUAUCCAACACCUUAAUAGUCCGAGACCCAGACAUGAUCCCCAUCACCUCCACCCCCGAGGCCCCGCCCCCCAAGAUACGCAUCCUGGACGCUGCCCUGCGCGAGGUGGAGACCGUCAGGAUUGGCGAUAUUCUCACCUUCAGGAUCGAGAUUCCCGACACAACUCCAUACGGCAUCUUCGCUAGAAGCUGUGUCGCCAUGGCCAAGGAUUCCCGGUCCACAUUCCAGAUCAUCGACGAUGACGGAUGCCCCGUGGAGCCUUCCAUCUUCCCACAAUUCAAGAAGGACGGCUACGCCCUCCAGUCAGUGUACGAAGCCUUCAGAUUCACUGAAUCUUACGGUGUCAUAUUCCAAUGCAACGUCAAGUACUGCCUGGGUCCGUGCGAGCCGGCAAGAUGUCAGGUGGGCAAGGAGCAAAUGUUCUCUUGGGGUCGCAAGAAGAGAGGCGUGAGCAGCCCGCGCAAGGCCCGUGGCCACGCACAGGAGACCACCAAGGAGGAGGCCAUGGCUGAGGCCAAAGCCCUCACUUCCACGUCCGGUGACGAAAAUGAAAUGAGCAUCAGCCAGGAGAUUCUUGUGCUGGACUUCGGGGACGAGCAGCAGGCCCAGUACCGUGACGACCCCGCCAAACCCUCCGCCGGCCGCCAGGCUAACCACACCCACACGUACGACUUCGAGGGCCCAGACGUGACCCUCUUCGAGACCUGCCCAACGAGAUCGUCAGUGCUGGCCUUGGCCGUCACCUGCGCCAUACUACUACUCAUUUACGUGCUCACCGUCUUCUACUUCGUCAUGAGAAAGUGGUUUCGCCCCCCUAAGAGCAUGCGAUAAUCGAUGAAGGAGGGAAGCAGCAAGGACCACAGUACACUCACACACAGGCGGCCUCUUAUGUCGCUUUUUUAGAAAGAUAGGAUUAAUGGGCAGGUCUGUUAUGUUUUUUUUUUUUUUUAUUAUUAAUUAAAAAGCAGGAAAUUAAUGUUAUUCGUAAAAAUUUAUUUGACGUGUGACUUUCAACGUCCACUUGUCUGUUACGAUGUGUUGUUGUUUGCCCACCGGGUUUAUAACGUGGCAUUUAUCAUCGGGAGCCGUUAGAUUUUCGCUAAGUCGCAUUUUAGUUUAACGCAAUGCUACCAUAUUCCCUGCGUCUCCUGCUGGAUCUCAUUUCAUAAAUCUUUCAUGUUCAUCUUAAGUCUGAGUCCCGGUGCCUCGUUUUAUGCUAAACACAUAAACAUAUCGUGUUCAAAGGCAGUAACAAUCAACACCAGUGUCAUCUUGCGCCGGUCUAAUAACUUUUCCUUGUAUACCCUCGAUUUUUCCCCAUGCUGCAAGGUAGACGCCUCCUGUUGUGUUUGACGGUGGCGUUCCUCAUCCUGCAAGUGGCGAGUUAGUACAGAAGUGACCACCGGCCGUCAUUGAUGUCCUCGUCUAUUUUUUUUUUUUUAUUCUAUAGUUAACUCGGUGGCAUUAAUAUGAAUGAUAAUUGUUUCCUGGGCAUUUCCGAGCAAGAGAAAGUAUCCCGUAAUAGAAUUAACUAUCCUAUGGGCAUUUUAACUUGUUUUUCUCUUUCGUCGUGUUGAAUAAAGUGUUAUGUUGAUAGAAAAAUGGCUUUGGAGGACGCUGCGUUAGAGGGGUUGUUGAGUUAUUAUUGUUGUGCCUCUGCCGAAGUGUUCGCCAUGCCUAGUGUCCCUCAGCACUUGUAGGAGCGCAAAAGGUGGUUGUUGGUGCGUACAUGAGGACGUGGACGUGAGAGUGGAGGAUGCACCUCCUUGCCCUUUCCUGACUGUGAUCUUGCUCCUCACUCACCCUCGUCCCUGAAUUGCCUGCUGACUGUGACUCGCUUAGCAAUGACCUACUCUCUGUCACAAUGUGUAAGGGAGAGAUGGGGAGGCGUUGUCAGCAGACAGGAGACAACCACCUUCACACCUUGCUUUAUAGAAAUGUUUUGCGGUACGUCACAAACCUUCGUCUCAUUGUUGGUUCGUUGCCUCGGUCGCCGGUGCUUUACCCUGGUGGUGGACGCUGCCUCCAGCCCCGGGUCAUCAGGUGCAAAGAUCCGGGUGGUGGUGGGCUCUAUGAGGGUUGAUAGCUACAGUGAAACCUGAAUACGAGUGUGGAUGUAAGGCCCGUGUUCAGAAACCCUGUGCUCUCUCAUCACGACUAUUUUCAAAGGCCACAGAGUGUUUCUCCAGUCAAUAAUAUAGAAAUGUUAAUGUCACUAAAAACAGAAACAUCCUUAAAAAUCCGUGUAACUUCAACUAGAGCCUUUUGAAAGUAGUGGAGGUGCGGCGCAGAAGUGUUUCAGAAAAUGGUCAUGAAUGUCACCGCAGGGAAGGGUUAUUUUUCCCGCAUGCCAUAGGGAGCACGGCUGCUGCCACCUAACGGGCCAACGACGCGGACAAAGUUACUCUGGGAUCUGAGCCUCAGCUGUCACCCAGGGCGGCGUCACCAGACCACAGCCUGACUAACUAACACGUCUCUUGGCCGUUAUUGAUAUCGCUGUAGUAAUUUAAUUUUCAUUUUACUCAGUGCUGCUAAGUUCCUUGUAGGAGAAUAAUCCACAGAGGUGCCAAAUUAAACUUUUGACUUUAAGAAGAAGAAAAGAAAAAUCAUCUGUUGUUGGUCUUGCCCUCCCUGAGUGACGUCAGCCUUCGCAUACUGAGUUUGUUCCUUCUGUAGGAGAGACUGAAUUGUAAAUAUGUCUUAAUUUAUUGUUAUUUAUACGUAGCGAGUGUAGCCGCAGAACAGCAAAUUCUUUUGUUCAAUAAAUGUGUCAAAAUAG